CGGCGGACAAGUCCCGUGCCCCGGGGGCGGGCACAGCGGGCGGAUGGUACUUCGCUCGGACCCGCGCUGAGCCCAGCUUUGAGCGCCAGCGCCCCCGUUCCUGCCCGCGGCGGCCGUUCUGGAGCCUGAGCCUGGGGAGCGCGCGCCUCCCGGCGCCCGGCUCCCUCCCGCGUGUCCUCGCUGCCAGCUGCCGCUUCUGCUUCCCCGACACUCCGGCCCGGCCGCGACUCCGGGGUCGCCAGCCGCGCGCCCGCGCAGCGACCCCGACGUGUCCGGCUCCCCGGCCCGAGCACGCCUCUUCUAAUCAGCCGCCGGUGCCCAGGGCGCCCCGCGGCCACCGGGGGCGGGGAGCGCCAGUGCGGGGCGGGCCCGGGCCGGGGGUGGCCCUGCCGCGGGGCUUGCGUUCCUGGGGUCUGCGGCGGCGCGCGAGCGUAACUCCCGCCCGGGCAGGGAGCGAACCCGGAGAAGAGGAGGAAGAGCUGGGACCGCUCCGGUGCCUGCGGGCCUCUGGGCGCAGGGGCUCUUGUCUCCGUCCCCGGAUAAAAAACCGCACCUGGUCCGCCCGCCGGGAUGCCGCAGGCUUAGGAUGGAGCUUGGAUACUGUACCCCAAGGAUGCUGGCAAAGACACUCUGACUCAUUAAGGGAGAACUGAGUGUGAGCAGAGAGGAGAGACAGCCUCCCACACAUCAUCCCAGAGGAAUUCUAAGCAGUGUUGUUUAGAGCACUAUUUGGCCAGAUGGAGAUCACCACGGGGGUCAUGGAUGAGAAUACCACCAACACCUCCACCAACUUCCUUUCUGUGUUUCCCCCCCACGGAGCCCAAGCUGCUUCCUUCCCAUUCAACUUCAGCUAUGGUGACUAUGAUAUGCCUUUGGAUGAAGACGAGGAUGUGACCAAUUCCAGGACUUUCUUUGCUGCCAAGAUCGUCAUUGGCAUGGCCCUAGUGGGCAUCAUGCUGGUCUGUGGCAUUGGCAACUUCAUCUUCAUUGCCGCCCUAGCCCGCUAUAAGAAGCUGCGCAACCUUACCAACCUGCUCAUUGCCAACCUGGCCAUUUCUGAUUUCCUGGUGGCCAUUGUCUGCUGCCCCUUUGAGAUGGAUUACUAUGUGGUGCGCCAGCUGUCCUGGGAACAUGGCCAUGUCAUGUGUGCCUCUGUCAACUACCUGCGCACCGUUUCUCUCUAUGUCUCCACCAAUGCCCUGCUGGCCAUCGCCAUUGACAGAUAUCUGGCCAUCGUCCACCCGCUGAGACCCAGGAUGAAGUAUCAAACAGCUACUGGCUUGAUUGCCCUGGUGUGGAUGGUGUCCAUCCUCAUCGCCAUCCCUUCAGCCUACUUCACAACCGAAACGGUCCUCAUCAUUGUCAAGAGCCAAGAGAAGAUCUUCUGUGGCCAGAUCUGGCCAGUGGACCAGCAGAUCUACUACAAGUCCUACUUCCUCUUCAUCUUUGGCAUCGAGUUCGUGGGCCCUGUGGUCACGAUGACCCUGUGCUACGCCAGGAUCUCCCGGGAGCUCUGGUUCAAGGAGGUCCCAGGCUUCCAGACGGAGCAGAUCCGGAAGCGGCUGCGCUGCCGCAGGAAGACGGUGCUGGUGCUCAUGUGCAUCCUCACUGCCUACGUGCUGUGCUGGGCUCCCUUCUAUGGCUUCACCAUCGUGCGCGACUUUUUCCCCACCGUGUUCGUCAAGGAGAAGCACUACCUCACGGCCUUCUACGUCGUGGAGUGCAUCGCCAUGAGCAACAGCAUGAUCAACACCCUGUGCUUCGUGACCGUCAAGAACAACACCAUCAAGUACUUCAAGAAGAUCAUGCUGCUCCAUUGGAAGUCUUCUUACAAUGGGAGUAAGUCCAGCGCGGAUCUUGAUCUUAAAACCACAGGGGUGCCGGCAACUGAAGAGGUGGACUGCAUCAGACUAAAAUAACUGGAUGGACCUUUCAAAGUUUAAACAAAGACAGACCUUUGGGACACUGACCAGUGCUAGAUACAGACUAUCAACCAAGAACUCUUGGUUUUCGGCAGAAGGCAGAGGUAACGGACAGCUUAGUGAACACUGUGUUCAAGGAGCUCGGAAUUUAUAAAACUGAUGUGACUAGAUAUCAUCCCCAGUGGCCAACAGUCACUGAAUGUCUAAUGUAUGCAAAGAGUAGGCAUUGGUGAAAUGCAUAUAUGUUGACAACAUUUAAUUGGCAAAAAGAAAUAAGGAUUCAGCCAAGACAAAUGUUGGGGCAUAGCCUGAAAUGAGAGGCUUUCCAGAAGGGAACCCAAUUAGGCAUCUAGGACUAUGGGACAUGUGUUUGUAGGGUGAGGGUCUCUCUGGCCAUCUUGAGUACUCAUCAGAUACUGAUGUAGUCCAUCUCUAGGACUGUUCUUGGUCUUGAGUUCACUCCUAAUAUUUGAAUACAAACACAGGCUCCUAGUUCUUUCUUCAACCCUUCUUUUCUCAUCCCUGGUCCCUACUCUCACUGUGAGAAACUUUAUGUGCAUGUACAUGGACACCUCAAUAUGCAUGACCAAGUUCUGUCCAAGCCCUCCUCCCCAACACUGCUCCAUGGCUACCCCUCAACUGUGCCCACACAUGGUGAGGCUCAUCAUCAGGAGAAGCCACACACCCUGAAAGCCUUUUGGUCAGGCUAUUAAAGGGUUCUGUGUAUUUUGACUUGCUCCAGGGAAGGCCUGGGCUCAGGAUGAGUGUGUUCCCUUGGCUCCAUGGACUUCUCACUGCAUGGGGAGGAGUGCAGCUGAAGGACCACUGAAAGCCUGUUGGGUUCAGGGCAGGAGCUCAGGUUUUCUGGGUCUAAAGAUGAUACUGCUUCUACCUCUUAGUUAUACUGGCUUGGACCAAUUAGGUCUUCUCCUUAAGUCCUUCUCUUCCUUCUCAUGUAUCCAUGCUUGUGAAGCAUAGAAUCUUUGAAAGUAGACACACCUCAUGGAUGUGGCUGUCAGCCAUUUUUCCAUUUCCACCAGCUGUCACCCUCAUUAUUAUGGUUUGAGGGCAAGAUGUAUUUGUCACUGGUGCUUGAAGCCCAUCAUAGUUAUUAAUUCUUCGGAUUAAGACUUGUUUCUCUUUUAAAAUGGAUGUACUCUUGGGACAGAUGACCUGCGCAUUUCUACCCCUCAGUAUAAACGAAGCCAUGUGAUCCAGUGGCAGAUGGUGAAGGUUGGUGGUACAGCCCUGGGCACCCAAGAAAGAAAGGGAUGUACAAAUGGUUGGUGGGGGCCCAACAAGGAGAUUCAGUGGCUCCACAGGCUAUUGAGGGCUCAUCCUACUUUCCAACAUACCCUUAUUGUUUGGUAUUCUGAAUUUUGGAAUUUGGACUUUUGGAACCAGAAGAUUUGAUCCAGCCUUGGCUCUUCACCUGUGUGACCCUGGGUAAAGCUUCUCAGAGGGGACAAAGAUAAUACUUGUGAUAACUACUGAUGAGGUGGUUGUGAAGAACCAAUGAACUAACAUGUGGGUAAAGUCUUUUCAGCCGCCCCAGUAAUCAGAAGAAUGGACCAACAACUGUGUAUAGUGUGCCUGACAAAGAAAAACUUGUCACUUUGGCUUAUGUAUCUGGAAACCUUACCAUCUCCCCUUUUCAUUACUCUUUGUGUGAAUUAUUCCUUUACCUCUCUUAGCCGUGCUAUAUGAGUUACGUUCCUAACAACACCCUGGUACAACAAGGCAGUGAAACUUGAUGGUGAAAGUGUAACAGGAAAUGGCAGAGUGUCUGCAGUCAGAUGAGCUCAGGGUUUUAGAAACUUCAGAAUCAGAACAUCUUUGUAAUUGUGGAAGUAUUGUGACCAUGUUCCUAUGCCUGUUCCCAGCCAGCAUGAAUCUGGGCAACGUGAUAUUUGUUUCUCAACCUUUUGUUAGUCUCGUGAGUGUAUAUAGCUAAAGAGUAGAUUUGUCUUUUCCCUCUCAAAUAAUUCUAGAGCAGCACAUCUAUUAGGCUAUUUAACUGACACUUGUAUGGCAUUUCCUUCCAAAUAUAGUCAACUCUUCAUUUUUGCCAGCAAAGUUCAUUUUUUUUAAUAGUUACCUUAUUUCCCUGGAAGACAUAUUUCAAAAACCUCUUUAUUUUUUUCCUAUUCGUCAUCCAGCAGACUCACUCUACAGCUGAAUCAGAGUACUCUCAGAGAAUAAAAACUAAAAUAUUAGCCUAAAUCCAACAUACCUUGGAAGGCAAUUUUUAUUUCUUAUAAAAUUACAUACUACACUCUAAAAUCAGGAAAGUUAGCUUUGGACCAAAAAAUAAUAAAAUGACAUAAUUAGUUGUGGUUAUGUUCACCUUUUCCAUUAGGAUUGCUAAACAAGAGUUGACAAUAAAAUAAGAGUUUUUUGGGGCACCUGGGUGGCUCAGUCGGUUAAGUGUCCAACUUUGGCUCAGGUCAUGAUCUCGCAGUUCGUGAGUUUAAGCCCCACAUCGAGCUCCGUGUUGAUAGCUCAUAGCCUGGAGCCUGCUUUGGAUUCUGUGUCUCCCUCUCUGCACCCCCUACUCAAGCUCUGUCUCUCUUUCAAAAAUAAAUAAGCAUUAAAAUUUUUUUUUAAAAAAUAGGAGCUUUUUAUAUGUGAAAACCAAACCUCUUUUUGCUUUUCAGCCUAAAAUGUGUCAAUUUUUCAUUUGUUUAACUAUCUGUAAUAUUUCUAGAUGUUGUGUCUGCUUGUGACUUUGUGGUGAGUGGAAGCGUUGUGCUGUGAUCAAGUGAAAUAAAAAAAAACCCGUACAUAUAUAA